AUGCAAAGAGCAUUGGAUGCUGCGGAAGAUGAUGUGAGAUCAUUUGAGGAUGUGAAAAAAAAGGAAGAGAUUGCGAGGGAGGAGCUUGAUAAUCUCAAGAUGAGGAUGGUUGGGAAGCAAGCAGGAUGAAGGGAUUGGAAGAAGAGGUGUUGAUGCUAAGAUCAAACAUUGAGAUCACAGCAAAGGAGAAAGAUGAAAAUGCUUCGGAGCUUUCAGAGUUGACUAACUCGAUCCAGAUAAAGGUUACAAAGUAUGAGAACUCACUGGAUGUGAAAGAGAAACAAAUACAAGGAUUGGAAACAUCUUUAAAAGAAGUUCAAAUGGAAAGAAAUUAUUUGAAUCAAGAGUUGGCGGCGUUGAAGGUAAACCAUCAGAAUGAGCUUCAGAAACAUGAUGUGACAUCAGCAUUAGUGGAGCAGUUGAAACUUAACUGUCAACAGAAAGAAACAGAAGUUGCGAAGAAAAGUCAAAACUUGGAAGAACUUGAGACACAAGUUUUGGAAUUGAAUGAGAAAUUGAUUAGUCAUCAAUCUGAGGGGUUGAGGCUUGUGUCUGCUAAUCAAAAGCUACAAAACCAAGUUGCAAACCACAGUACGGUGGUUGAAUCAUUACAGCAGGGUGUUUGUAAGCUUGAGAAGGAUAAGUUGGAUUUGGUUGAAGAGAUGGCGAAUCUAAAGCUUACUAGUGAUAGUGUGGUAUUAUCGUUACAAGAAGAAGCUGAAAACACACAAAGUAAAGCAAGAGAACAAGAGGUUUUGUUGAAGACAAGGAUGGAAGAAGUUGAAGCUUUGAAGGAGAAGAAUCGCAGCUUGGGAUCGGAGUUGGAAGAUGUUGGGAAACUAUUUGAAGAUUCAAAACUCCAGGUUGAAUCGCAUGAGAGGCAUGCCAAGGAACUUGAACGUUUGGUUGAAAAUAUGAAACAAGUUAUGACAGAAAAGCAAGAUGAAAAU